ACGCAUGCGUUCCACAACGCAUGCUCAACGCGCAACAGUUUGCAUAUCACCUCGUUAUCACGUGGCUCUAUGUUUUUGUAUACAUUACAUCGAUGGUUUUGAAACGAAGUAUUGAGAAUAAUGAAACGAGGCCCUUAUAAAGAACAUUUGAAAAGGACUGGCGACCUUCCUCUAUCGACAGACUAUUCUCGAAAGAAAAGACGAGUUGGUGUUGGUGAAUGUAGUACGGGCAAGAGAACGACAUACAAUGAAGAGGUUAUGUCCCCUGAUGCACGUAAUGGACUACCGUUUGAUGAUCUGCAUGAAAAUGAAGAUUAUGUAAAUCAACAGGAACUACUAGACCAUUUAUGUAUUGCAAAUCUUGAUAAUAUUGAUGAUAGUAAUUCAUCGGUUCAAGAAAUUGAUGACAGUGACCAGCAAAGUGAUACAAGCAUAAGCGAUGAUAAUAAUGAUUAUGACAAUAUUGAAGAGCACAAAUCAUCAAGUGUUAGCGAUUUCAAUGAAGGCUCCGAGAAUUUCGAAUCAGAUCAGGAUGAAGAAAAUUUUGAAGAUGAAAAUAUUAAUGUUGAAAAGCGUUGUCCCAAUCAUGACGUACAGUGCCGACAAGUUUUAUAUGAGGGCUGCGAUUUAACAAAAGAAGAAAGUGUACUUCUAAUAAUGAGUGUAGCCUUACGUCAUCAUUUCACUGAUGCAGCAUUACAAUCUUUCAUCCAAACCAUUGAUUGUCAUCUUCCUCGCACAUGUCACGGUUCGAAAUAUCUAUUUUGUAAAUCUGUACCAAAGCAGACUUAUCAUGUAUAUUACUUUGUCCACAAUGAAAACGAAAAGGAAAGUGACGUUAUCAAUGGUAAAGUGUACCGUAAACUGAAAAGAAAAAAUAUUAUAGGGGAAAAUGACAUUACUAUUCAAUGGAAUACAGAUGGCGUACAACUUUUUAAUUCUUCCCUAUCUUCUUUAUGGCCAAUUUUGGUAACAAUUAAUGAAUUGCCUUAUCGUAUUCGAAAACAACAAAUAUUGCUAACUGGUUUAUGGUUCCAAUCAAGUAAACCUCCAAUGAAUGUUUUUCUCCAACCUUUUCUUGAAGAACUGAUAGAUUUACAUUUUAAUGGCUUUGAAAGCACGACAUUCAUUCACCAAGAACCAAUUCUUAUAAAAGUCCAUACAUUGCUUGCUCCGGUUGAUUCUGUUGCCAGAUCAGCCAUUCAGGGUAUAAAGCAGUAUAAUGGAAACAAUCGUGAGAAAGAUUGGUCCUUACGUAAGCACGAAGUGCUCUUUGAUAAAAGAUUAAUGAGCAUGAAACCUACCUCCGAAAUAACUAGAACACCUCAAUCAAUAACACAACGGAGAUUGUGGAAAG